GUAUUGCAGAUUUCGGUCUCUAUACCUCCGUCGUCGAGGCCACCCAUCGACACAAGGGAAUCUUUGUCUCGGACAAUUGACUGGCUCAACCAGAUCAUGGCCGUUAUGAGCCUUCACAACAGCCCCCUUACACUCCGCGGGUGGCCAUGGUCUGGUCCUCACCCUCCAUGACGCAACCGACUUCCGCCUCUCCUCCCGACGGCCAAGGCGCUCUCUCAAAUUCCUGGUCUUCUGAUUCUCGAUACGAUAUCUCAAAUUUAGUCACCCCGGAUCCAAUGUCCCCUCCAAUACCACCUGUGCGAGAACUCCAGCGUCCGUCGUAUCCCAUGAGUGACGGCAGUCGACCAUCCACUGCAGAUUCGUUUUUGAGCUUCGUAACAUCAAGCUCUGAUCUAAUAAUUACACGUAACCCUCCCGUUAGUUCAGAUUCGAUGUCUCCCGCAAUCUCACCAAUAAUCCCACCUGUGGCUUACUCCUCGGGAGAGGACCAUCGACCAUCCACCGCGGACUCAUUCUCGACAUUCUCAACAUCGAGCUCUGAUUUGAUCUUCACACGCAACCACCCAUUUGGAUCCUCGACCACAACUCAGCUAUUUUCGUCAGAGUCAUCGCCUGUGGGACACGCCUUGCCUUCACCCCCCCAAUACCAUUUCUCCACGCAACCGGUCGAAGGCUCAGGCACCUCCCGGAGCAUCCCCUCCGCUCAGCCCUACACCCCCUCGCAGCCCCUUGAUUCCCAGGGCUUCUCCGUUUCUGAAUCCUCCAGCAUGCUUCCGUCGCCCCCCUUGACCCAACCACGAGAGGGCGACGACAGUUGGGACUAUUCCACACAACCGAAUAGCUCCCGAUCUGUAGAACUCUAUCCGGUUGUUGGUCACAGCCACUUUUCAAAUCAAUCUCACUCCGUCGCCUCCUCAGAGCCCGAUGAUUCUGAGCUCCUCGCCUCAGUCCUUGACGGCAUUGCCCGUAUCCAUGUUACCAUGGGAAGGGAUCAAGCAGGACGAUGGCGAAUUAGGCGGACUGGGAAUGAGGAAUCAUAGAAUGCUCCCUUAAACCAGCAGAGCAUCCUUCCUCGUCUUUACAAUACCACAUCGACAGCAUUAAACAUUCUCACAAAGUUAUCCCCUCGGGUUUGCUUAGAUGCGUGAUUCAAUUACGCCAAGGAAGCGAUAACCAGGGGACGAACGCACUUUGCAUGUCGCAUACUGACAUCGGAGAAUUAGCUGGAUCC